CAGACGACUACGACAGGAACAUGCGCUCCUUAACCCGGUCACGGUAAUACUGUCCAACGUCUCAGCAUCAUCGUCUCUCACUCUCUCCUUGGUUUCCUCCGCCCCGUUCCAAACUUCCACUUCCGCCACUUCGCUAUGAACACGCUGCGGUUCUCUGGCUCGCCGGAGCAUCCCUCCAGAGCAGCCCAGAUUCCCUCUCGUCCCUCCUUCGACGACGAAUUGGCCGCUGCGGGUUCGUCGGGAAGCGAUGCAUCUUCGCUUGCGUCCAACCAACAUUCCUGGCACAGCCACCGCGUCCCGACCCCCUCGAACCUCCUCGAUAACGACCACCAGCACCACCAGCACCACCAGCACCACCACCAGCACUACCUCCUCGUCCACUGCCAACCCGUCCGUGCGACCGGUCGCCAACAUGCCGCAGAAUGAGCCGUUGGGUCGGAAACCCACCACAUUAGGGCGAGAGAGGGCCGAGAUCCAACGGCAUCGGUCUCGACAUCAUUCCCAAGGGUUUUUCGAACCGUCGCUCCCGACAGCCUCGUCGACAGAUGCUACGCUUUCCGCGUCGAGGAUCGCCGCUCAGGCGGCGAUGCAGCAGCAACAACAACAGCAGCAACAGCAACAGCAGUAUCAGCAGUCAUCUGCCCAGCACCCCCCGAGACGGCCGCAGGCGAUCUCCCAGGGGUCGGAAGAUAAUGUAUCGAGGAAUAGGAGGACAGGGAGCGACUCCCCUCCUCCCCCGCCGCCGCCGCCGUUACUAGCUGCCCCGAAUAUCACGCCAGGACCGUCAUAUCAGAAUGGACUAGUCGGGGGAAAUACAAAUGUUGCUACGACGGCGGCCAAUGUCGCAUUCCCCAGGAGUCCCGGGUUACAGUCUCCGGGGAUGCCUGCGGAGCCGGUCCCUGAGAAGGAACAGAAGCAAAAGGGCGAGAAGAAGAAGAGGUUAUUUUCGAAGCCUAAGCAUAUUGGGAUUAGUCGGGACAAGGAUCCGUUCAAGGAUCGGGGUAUGCCGUCGCCGAGCAAGAUGAGCUUUGCUAGUGCCAGUGGGUUGUCGAGGAUUGUUAGCACGUCGACGCCUGCUUUACCGGAUACGCCGGCAUUGCCGUUGAAUAAUCCGUCCAUGUACAAUUUGUCGAAUGGGUCUGCGUCGACGGUUGUACCGGCCGAUAAGCCAGCGUCUGGCGAGGAGAAGAAGGACAAGGAGAAGGAAAAGGAUAAAGACAAGGACAAAGACAAGGAGAAACACAAACAUCACUUCCUGUCACGACAGAAGCUGAAGCUGAAGGAUCGCGUGGACGAACAUCGCCAUCUGCCCUUGUCGUCGGCAUGGAGUAACUCGAAGCCAUCGGAUCCGAACGCCCCCCAAUCGCUCUACUCGUUUGUUCCUCAGUCACCCGGUACUGUCUCUACUACAUUCGGCAGUAACGGUACUCCCGCUGUUUUUCCUGGUCCUUCGUCCCUUGGGAGUUCAACGGGGAUUCUUGCCGAAGCCGCUCUCAGAGAGACGCUGCAGGGCUUUGGUUUGAAUAACAUGACUCCUGAAGAUGCGUGGGACUUUUUGAAAGCGAAGCUCCUGGUCAUAUUUGACGGGGAGGAUGUGCGGAUUGCGAUCGAGGAUCUAAACAAACUGGUUCUGAUUCACAUCCAACGAUGCGUGCAAAAACGCACGCCGACUGCGAUAAUUGACGACCUGCGCGUACUGCUGGAUACAGGAUUCGCGUCGCUGAACCACAACUUGAGCGGUGUUCCGGAUGAGAAGCUGGUGCCUCAUUUGGUACAGAUAUGGAUGCUCACGUUUGGCACGAUCCUCCCGUUCAUUCAAGCAGUAUUCCUUCCUCUGGACCUGGAGUUCAAGGGAUGCGGGUCCGUGAUGAGUCUGCGGGAAGCCAACGAGUUUUGGAGUGGGACGUCCAUGAACGGAUUACCAUACGGUCCGCCAGGAGGUGUGCUGGAAGUUCGCAACCUCGUCCUGACCGCGUUCCGCGACAUGGUGAUCAUCUGUCGGUACGAGACCCUGCUCAACACAUUCUCUCGGUUGAGUCUCGACAGCAUCAACCUGGGCAACUCGGGUCUCAGCGUAACAACAACAAAGAGCAGCACCACCAGCGGACGACCAGGGACAGCAACAUCGCUAGAUGCAGGGUUCGGAAGCUAUAGUUCUCAGUCAUCGACACUCCUCAACGCCGCCGCCGGCAGCUACUCAUCCGACUCAAUGAGCAUGAGCGACAACCGCAGCCGCGCAGCAUCAAACACCUCCUCAAACCCAGACCAGUUAAUCUUCCAGUCCUUCUCUCCGGCCCCACGACCAACCAUAAUCCACCGCUCAUCCUCCUCAGCACCAGACACCUCCCACCUCAUUACCGAAACAGUAGGCCGCAUGCUGCAAUGCGUCAGCGUGCUCGCCAGCGUGCAAACCGGUGACGAACCACAGGAGCGAAUCGAAGUGCUCAGCAAAGCGCUCAAACACAACUGGCUCGGCCGAGGCCGAACAGGACGGGAUCGGCGGGGGUUCGUGGGGGCCAAGGUCCGGCCUACCGCCGUGGCAAGGACUAACAGUGACGAUUCUACGAAAGAUGCGAGACUUGGCGAAUUGGGAUUGGGCAUGCAGGGUCGGCGUCGGGAAAUGGUUAUUUGAUUGCUUUUUUGAUUUUAUAUUUUGCAUUAUUUGCGGUUUUAUCUUGCGGUUUUGUGUCGGAAUGGAAUUUAUUUGUUGAUACAUGGAGAUACCUUAGCAUAAAUGGACUUGC